AUGGCUUCUGGCUACGACCGCGCGCUGUCCGUCUUCUCGCCUGAUGGUCACGUCUUCCAAGUCGAAUAUGCCCUCGAAGCCGUCAAGCGUGGAACAUGCGCAGUCGCUGUGAAGGGUACUGCAAAGGACGAUCAGGUCGUGGUAUUAGGUUGCGAGAAGCGAUCCGCCCUGAAGCUCCAAGACACCCGCAUCACGCCUUCCAAGAUCUCCAUGCUUGAUACCCACGUCUGCCUUGCAUUCGCCGGUCUCAACGCAGAUGCUCGCAUUCUGGUAGACAAGGCGCGGUUGGAGGCUCAGUCGCAUCGUCUGACGGUGGAGGACGCAGUGAGCGUAGAGUACAUCACCAAAUAUGUGGCAGGCGUGCAGCAGCGAUAUACCCAAUCGGGAGGCGUGCGGCCCUUCGGUAUCAGCACGUUGAUUGUGGGCUUCGACCCAGGCAGCAAGGAGGCACGCCUCUACCAGACUGAGCCGAGUGGUAUCUACAGCGCGUGGAAAGCAAACGCCAUCGGCCGCUCUUCGAAGACCGUACGAGAAUUUCUCGAGCGUAACCACAAGGACGACAUGACCCGCGCCGAAACCAUCGAGCUUACCAUCAAGUCGCUUCUCGAAGUCGUCCAGACCGGUGCCAAAAACAUCGAGAUCGCAAUCAUGGCACCAGGAAAGACGGUCGAGAUGCUGCCAUCAGAAGAGAUCGAGAAGACAGUGGAGAAAAUCAACAGCGAGAAGGAUGCCGCGGCUGAGGCAAGUGCUAACCGCAGAGGAGGUGCGCGACAAGGUGGAACUGCGACUGGCGAGGCCGCAGCAUCUGCCCAAGGUCCCGAACAGGUCCUGGCAUCGAGACCUGCUGGUGAAGGUAGUGGUGCUCCUCCGGAGUAAGUUUUGGAGGAGAUCGAGGAAUAGCAUAAAACGCGUGGCGUUUCGCGGAUUCAAGAGCCGGAAUAGGCAUGUAUAUUACCUUUCACAAAAAGUGAGAGGAAAGAGAAUUGAGCAGGUCAGACGACCUAUAGACUGAGACGUCCAGCCAAUAAUGAUUGUCGAGAUAUGUG